GCCAUUUUGCGAUCUGUUUGUGGGCGCAGAAGGUCAGAGUGAGGAUUGAGACGUCAACUUCGAUGAGUCUACAUAUCUGGGCGGGGGCAAUUAAGAUUCCAGAUAGACUGAGACAUCAAUCGGAACAACAAGGAAUAAUACAACAAAUCAGGAUUACGACGAAGCAUUUUCUUCAUAUUUGACGAGGUGUCUGGAUCAAGUUUCUGGGUAUAGAUAUCUCUAACAGAAAGGCUAACCCAACCAGCCAGACAAAAUGAGUUCAGCUAAGAAAAUCGGCAAGACGAGCAAGAAAAAAACGCAACCCACGCCAAUGCCGGAGAUCCAGAGAAACGGCAGCCAAAAACAACACAUUUUCAGCAGCACUCGACGGGAUGUUCCAUCAAUAACGGUCGAGGAGCCCGAGAUGAGUGCAACAGCGUUCUCAUCAGGUGGUUUACCCUACGCCCAAGUGCAGAGUGAUAACGAAGUGAUCUAUCACGGUAGGACGGAUUUUCGGCAGCAUUCGCUUCCAAAUCAUCAACGCCCACGUGAAAGGCCGAAAUCUGAAUCUGUGAUGUAUUAUGAACGGAACCAGGGGCCGAGAAUUUAUCAAAGUGUAAGAAGCCGCAGUGCAGAUCAUCUCCAAACGGAACGACAUCAAUCGAUGCCGCGGGCCGUUUCGCAUCAUGCUGUUCGAAGGAGUUCCAAGAAACAGGCUGUGCGGAGUCACUCGGAUAGUGAGCAACAACUGAAGAGAAAUGCAGAGAGAAAAGCUGUACGGACUUAUUCCGAGGGAGAUAAGGGAAGAUGGUUGGAGGAGCAAAUGGUCGAAACAAAGUCAGGAAAUGAAAUCCCAAAGCAUAGAACCGAUAUAAAGGGACUGUCUCUCGAUGACCUGCAGCUGGAUAUCAGGCCGGGUCGGUUUCCGCAACGGCCAGUCACAGCAACUUUGGGGCAUAAUUUUCGGGGGCAGAUCAUAUCGCCGGAAGGAAUCAGGAACGGUUUCAUGAACCUUGGUCCGGGUCGAGACUCGGUUCGAUCUGGUACCCUUGGGAGGCGGAAGAAAGAGGAUGCGAUCACGUACUUUGCGAUUAGGUUUGUGAAUAAUGACACGCAUGUGUACCACCCAGGAGAGACUGUGGAGGGUCAUGUUAUCAUGGAUACAUCCUGGCCACUAACGGCACUCGGAAUAGACUUGAUUAUAAGAGCGCGCGGUUCCUUGACAGUUUGUAAAGAGGGUGUUGUUAGCCAUAGAAAAAGUGAACUAUAUUUGGAAAAGACAAGCAGAAUGCUUGGUAGAAAUGAUGGACGAAUGAUUAUGAUAACGCCAGGACAUUACAUCAGCACCUUCACUUAUCAACUCCCGAAGAAGCUUCCUUCGUCGAUUCUUAGCGAGAACACCUUAAAGAAUAUCAGUUUUAAAUUAGACGUUUCGUACACUGCACAAGCGGUAAUUUUUGACGAGAUGUAUGCAAAGGCGACGUCAAACACGGGCAGCCCACACGUCACUCACGGAAUACACAUGCGCCGUGGCGACAACUACCGGGUUGUUGCUAAACCAAUCAAAGUAGCGACAAAACAAUUUAAAGUUGUGAGCAUUCCAGACGCCCCUCUUACCUCGAAUUUCCUAAAACCAGCAAAUCACACCGAGUAUUUGAGCAACAAUGACGGCUUGAUACUUGCGAUGGAAUCCACGAUCGUGUAUCCUGGGUCCGAGGUUGAGAUGCAUAUGGAUGUUGACGAAGGUACAGUCAAACUUGUGAAGGGCAUCAAGGUUGAACUAGAGCAACAAAUUCAGAUACCAAACACCCACCAUGACAUCCGACGGACCAUGAAAGAGACUGUCCACGACCCAGCCAUGCGCAAACGCAACGGAACCCUCGUUACUUGGGACAUCACAAUGAAAAUGCCCAACAGUUUGACCCCCACAUACAAGGAGAUCAUCAACUUAGUCAUCGUCGAGUAUUCCCUUCUCGUCACCUUGAAGCUACCUUCGAAGCAGCUCUUGAUGCGAGUUCCCAUUGAAGUCCGCCGCAUCCCCACCGCAAAGGAUCACACGGCCACGAUGCCCGAUUUCAGGAUGGCGACACGCUUUUCCAAUCUGUCCGAUGCGAAACCGAAGGAGAUUGAAAAUGGAUAUGCAAGGCCGGAGGAAGUGAAGGUCCAGGUGGAGUACAGAUAUAAUUCGUGGAUACGCAGGAACAGUAAGAUGUACAGCUGCUUCAAGUAAACCACUUGGGUUUAUACGUAUGUUGACUCCUGAUCGAUAUUGCCCAAGUAUCAUUAUUAUGGGAUGAUGUACGACUGUAGUUGGGCAAGGUAGAACCAGAAUUUUUGGAUUGGCGGCCAAAGAAAACUAAUAAAACGCUGUACAUGUAUAUAACACUCAAUAGGCCUCGAAUUCAACUGCUGUCAUCCCUGCCAUGGCAGCUAGUGCCCUCCAAAAUGGCCUUUGUGCCUUCUCGAAUCUUCUUUCAGAUCUUCGAGUACCCAAGGCCAAAAUGAGCCAAUAAUAGUACCCAAGGGCAAUAAUUUUUGAAUUUGAGGUCUGGUAUAAUAGUUAUAUGUACAGCAACACAUGAGCAUAUUUAUGAUAUUUGUUAUGAGAGGAAGCCACAAUGCAAUGCAGUGUGUGUAAUCUAAGCAGACCUUUUGCCGCGACUCUCAAUAGAGCAUGAUAAUUGAUGUGUAUGAACAGCCUGUGAAGGAUAUUGAACUGACUUUGAAAAGCUGACAUAAAAACGGCUAUGAAGGCACCAUGUCACUGAACUUGAGCCACGUUAAAGGCCUAAGCUGUUUGUGUAAAUUGAUUUUAUCAGUGGCACAAAUAUAUAGAUAUAAACAUUGCCGCUGAACAGACAUGUCAACGUGAUCAACAAUUCAAUCGGGAGUGAAUUAUAUAGGGAAUGAAUAAUGAAUGAUAAAUUGUUGACCUGAUGAAUAUUAAGUUUAUAGGUUAUUACUAGCCGUGUAUACAACAGCAAUAAAGUGUAUUGAUUUACCUGUUAGAAAAAUCUCAAAAUUCAAAUUUAAAUUUCAAAUUAACAGAGUAGGCCAGUUUCAAAUAAAUUUUGAUGGCCCUACGGGCAGGGUGGUAAGCUGCACACAGGUUUUUAUCACAGAGACGGGCAAUGAGUGAUGAAAAUGUGUCUGGUCUGCAAGCAAAACCGGUCAUUACCGCGUUUUACAUGCAGCCUGUAUAAUCAAUUUUCUUGUGUCAAAGUAAUGACCUUUUUUAUCGCAUGUUUACAGAAAUGACUUUUUGUUGCAGGCACAGUCUGCGAUGACCGCACAGACUAUAGACUUAUCUUUAUCGCAGGUGAUGCUAGCCUGCAAUGUUUCACAGAUUCGAUUAUCGCGUGUUACCCUGUUGUAAAACUGAAGUCCGUGAAUUCUGUAAUCUAUUCUUCACGGGUCAUGUAAAUAUAUCAAAAUAAAUACACAGGUAUAAUUUUAAA